UGAAGUUGCUGAAAGUCCACCGGGAACUGCUGGUCACCCAGAUCCGUAACACCCAGUGUCUGGUGGACAACCUGCUGGAGAACGACUACUUCUCGGUGGAAGAUGCAGAGAUUGUGUGUGCCUGCCCCACCCAGCCCGACAAGGUGCUCCUGGCCCGGGGGUGGGCGUGGGCCAGAUGCCAGCCUGGGUAGCUGGAAGAGGCUGCUUGCUGCCUGUUGAUCUGAAUGAAGGGGCGGGGGUAGGGUUUGAGUACCACUGGCAGAAGUUCUCACUGGGGUUUUGACGAAUGAGUCUGUGUUUUUAGGUUAUUGGAGCCACAUUUCAGUCCUUUAAAAAGUUUGUUGGGCAAUGGAAUUAAAAGAAGUCUGUUUUGAUGCCAAAAAAAAAGAAAGCAAAUCCUUGCAGAUGAAGCAUCUUCACAAACUUUAUGGAGGAGGGUUGGUGUUAUGGCCUGGUGGAUAAAGCCACCACCUGCAAUGCUGGCAUUCUCUGUCCGCAGAAUCCUUGACAUGGUGCAGAGCAAGGGCGAGGAGGUGGCCGAGUUCUUCCUGUACGUCCUGCAGCAGCUCACGGACGCCUAUGUGGACCUCAGGCCAUGGCUGGCGGACGUGGGCUUCAUGCCUUCCCCGCUUGUUCAGAGCAGAGCUAUCAUCAACACCGACCCAGUGAGCAGGUACACCCAGAAGCUGCGUCACCAGCUGGGCUGCGACUCCAAGUUCAUGCUGUGCUAUGGCAAGCAGGAGGAGAUGUUGCUGGAGGAGACGUACACGGACACCAUCAUGGAGCUGGUCAGCUUCAGCAACGAGAGCCUGGGCAGCCUGGACGGCCCCGCGUGCCUGCUGGACCCCAGCACGGGCAUCCUUAAUGAGCAGGGUGAGACCGUGUUCGUUUUUGGUGAUGCUGGCGUGGGCAAGUCCAUGCUGCUGCAGCGGCUGCAGCACCUCUGGGCCUCGGGCCGGCUGGACUCAGGGGUCAAGUUCUUCUUUCACUUCCGCUGCCGCACGUUCAGCUGCUUCCGGGAGAGUGACAGGCUACGUCUGCAGGACCUGCUCUUCAAGCACUAUUGCUACCCGGAGCACAACCCCGGCGAGGUGUUUGCCUUUCUGCUGCGCUUUCCCCAGACGGCCCUCUUCACCUUCGAUGGCCUGGACGAGCUGCACUCGGACUUUGACCUAAGCCGUGCGCCUGAUAGCUGCUGUCCGUGGGAGCCCGUACACCCCCUGGUCCUGCUGGCCAACUUGCUCAGUGGCAGGCUGCUCAAAGGCGCCGGCAAGCUGCUCACAGCACGCACGGGCGUCGAGCUCCCUCGCCAGCUGCUGCGCAAGAAGGUGCUGUUGCGCGGCUUCUCCCCGGGCCACCUGCGUGCCUACGCCCGCAGGAUGAUCCCCGAGCGGGUGAUGCAGUGCCGCCUGCUGGAGCAGCUGGAGGCCAACCCCAACCUGUGUAGCCUGUGCGCCGUGCCCCUCUUCUGCUGGAUCAUCUUCCGUUGCUUCCAGCACUUCCACGCCUCCCGUGAAGGCGGCGGCUCCUCCUCGCAGCUGCCUGAUCAAGCUGUGACCCUGACUGACGUCUUCCUGCUGGUCGCCGAAAUGCACCUUAACAAGAUGCAGCCCAGGAGCCUGGUGCAACGCAACACGCGCAGUACGGUGGAGACCUUCCUAGCUGGCCGCCGCAGCCUGCUGGCGUUGGGCCGGCUGGCACAUGGGGGCAUGGCCAAGGGUCUGUUUGUCUUCAGCCAAGAACAGGUGCAGACCUGUGCCUUGCAGGAGGAGGACCUCCAGCUGGGUUUCCUGCGGGCAGCACCAGAGCCAGGCCCCGAGGGCGAAGGUGGCCCACCAUCCUAUGAGUUUUUCCACAUCACCCUGCAGGCCUUCUUGACUGCCCUCUUUCUCGUGGUGGAUGACCAAGUGGACACACAGGAGUUGCUGGCAUUCUUCCAGGAGUGGGCACCACCUGGGGAGGCAGCGGCUGCUUCCUCCUGCUAUCCCCGCUUCCUUGCUUUCCAGCGUCUGGGCAGCAGCCGCCCCGUCAGGACAGACCCUUUCCAGAAGAAAGAUCACUUGCAGUUCACCAACCUCUUCCUGUGCGGGCUGCUCUCCAAGGCCAAGCAGAAACUCCUGCAGCACCUGGUGCCCCUGGCGAGCCUGCGGAGGAAGCGCAAGGCACUGUGGGUGCACCUGUUUGCCAGUGUGCGGACCUACCUGAAGAACCUGCCCCGGGUGCAGGCCGGGGGCUUCAACCAGGUGCAGGCCAUGCCCACCUUCCUGUGGAUGCUGCGCUGCAUCUAUGAGACGCAGAGCCAGGAGGUGGGGCAGCUGGCAGCCCGUGGCAUGUGUGCCAACUACCUCAAGCUGACCUACUGCAAUGCCUGCUCGGCCGACUGCAGUGCCCUCUCCUUCGUCCUGCUUCACUUUCGCAAGCGCCUGGCCCUGGACCUGGACAACAACAAUCUCAAUGACUAUGGUGUACGCGAGCUGCAGCCCUGCUUCAGCCGCCUCACUGUUGUCAGACUCAGCGUGAACCAGAUCACAGAUAGUGGUGUGAAAGUGCUGGCUGAAGAGCUGACCAAGUACAAGAUCCUGACGUACUUGGGGUUAUACAGCAACCAGAUCACUGAUGUGGGAGCCCAGUAUGUGGCCAAGGUCCUGGAUGAGUGUAGAAGUCUCACACAUGUGAAGUUGGGAAAAAACAAAAUAACGAGUGAAGGAGGGAAGUACCUGGCCCUGGCCGUGAAGAACAGCAGCUCCAUCAUUGAUGUUGGCAUGUGGGGCAAUCAGAUCGGGGAUGAAGGUGCCAAAGCCUUCGCUGAAGCCCUCAGGAACCACCCCAGCCUGAGAAACUUGAGCCUCGCGUUUAACGGCAUCACCGUGGAAGGAGGGAAGAGCCUUGCCCAGGCCCUGUGCUGCAACACGUCCCUGCGGAUAUUCUGGCUGACCAAAAACGAACUCAAUGAUGAGGCGGCAGAGAGCAUGGCAGAAAUGCUGAAGGUCAACCAGACGCUGCAGAACUUAUGGCUUAUCCAGAACCAGAUCACGGCCAAGGGGACUGCCCAGCUGGCGGAGGCCUUGCAGAGAAACACGGGCAUCCUGGAGAUCUGUCUGAAUGGCAACCCGAUAGAGCCAGAGGAGGCAGAAGCCUUUGCCAAGGAGAAGAGGAUUAUCUGCUUCUGACUAUCUUGGCAGCCGCUGCAGGGCCAGUUGGGCCUGUGGGCGGUGCAUGCAUUCUUGAGGUCAGCGCACCAUUCACCUUGCACCUUGCACUUGGCAGGAAGGGGGCGUGGCUGUGAGCUGCUGGAGAUGUUGCAGAUCCGGAGCAUGCCACUGUACUAACUGGAGUCUUCACUGAGUAAAUACUGUCGUCAGAAGCACAAGGAGUAAGAAAGAGGACAGACAAGACUGGCCCCUGUACCUGCCUGACCCGAGCACCAGUGGGAGCCCACAGGCAUCAUGGCCUGAGCCACUUUCCUGGUGCACAGAUGGUGCCUGCAUUCUUGGAAGGGGCUCAGCAAAUGAAAACAUUGUGCCUUAAACCAUCCCUUCCUGCCCAGGACUCCCUGCAUCCCGCCCCUCAGCCCCUGCCCCGUGAUGGUGUUUGUCCAGUACCCACUAAGCUGUGGACAGCGCAGAGAUGUGACUCACUCCGGGGCCUCUGGUUUGGUCCUGACACAUGCCACUGCCCUCAUCCAUCCAAAGAGCCACACGCCACAGGCUGAGACCUAGGCCUGCCCGGGAAGAAGGCUUGCCUCCUGCCUGCCUGCCUGAGGACAGCCAGCCUAAAUUAGGUUGUGGCCUUGGCUUCAGGUGGGGGUGUCCAUCUCCUGGCUUCCCCAAGAAGGGACGUUUGCUUGUGACCCUGGGUAGAGCCCAGAGCUGGCAGAACCCUCAAUGAAGAGCAUGCUGCUGGGACAUUCUGCACCAUGGCAGGCAUGGGCAACGGAGUACAGCAACAGCUUGUUUGUUAAUAAAACUCAGAAAUGCUC